UCGCCGUAGCAUCAACUGUCAAAAAUUUUGAUUUCCUCAAUAAAAAAAAUCAAAAAAGAAUAACCGAAUAUUUUCUUUUAUAUCCUCAAUUUUUUCGUAUUACUAAUAUAUUCGUAUCAAGUGACAAAAAACUUGUAAUAGUAGAUAAUAGGAAAUGAUAUAUUCCAACAAAAUUUCGAAAACAUAGAUAUUUAAAAUGAAAUCAUUUUUGGUACUUCUUUUGGCUGUUAUUUUAAGCCAUAACACUUCAAGUUCUUCAGCCAUUAAUUCUUCGUGUGAUCACAGUUUAGAAAUCAGAACAGUCCUUGAACAAAAAUGUUCAACCAUUGCUUCACAGAUUAUGUUUAAACUCUUACCAGGAUUCGAACACUGUCCAAAAUGGUGUCAACUGAAAGAAAUUAAAGCAUUGAGAAAGGAUAAUGAAAAAGAUGUACUGUGCCUUUUGCUAACCAACAGCUUUAUAUCGUUUUGCACAACAUUCAAAGAUGCUGCAUUACAAAACGUGAAUUUUAUUCCUCCUAAUCAGGUAAAUCCAGUCGAUGUGUGUACCAAAUUACUGGAACCAAAGCAAUCUACAGAGUUCAAUAUAUCUGCAAUAAUCCCAUCUAAAAAAGCUUGCGAGAUAGUUUGCUCAAAUUAUGACGACGAUACUCCAGUUGUGAAAGAGUGUGCACUUGCAUUUUACUUUAGAGACCUCAACAGCAGCGCCAUAGCUAAUUUUGCUCAAAAAACUGCAGACUUGACUAACCAUGGUACAAUAGGAGGUACGGUUGAUCAAAAACAUUUGGCAGAACAUGUACCAAAUGUGCAAGAGCAACACAAACAAGAUACUAUUCAGAAUAUCCCUGCAGAUACACAAAGCAAGCUAGAGGCAGCAAAACCAGCAGAUAUAUCAGGCACUGAACAACAGAAAUCUGCAAAUGUAGGUCAAACAAAGCAAAUGCCAGAGAAGGUUGUUGAACCUCAAAGAGCUCCAAAAGCUGUGCCUCCAGGAAAACCAAGAGAGGGAGUUGUUAGAAAAGAUAAUUUACAAAUAAGUGCUGAGAAAAAUGCUAAACAGGACAUGGAGGAUUCUCUAGCACCUCACGCUGGCGUUCCUGAGACUCCACAUGUGGAUACAGUAGCUAAUCAGCAGGAGCCUUCCAUCAAUACAGCUGAAAGUGUAGUUCAACAUAGUGUUGAUGAUGCACAGAAAGCUGUGCCUCAUUAUAGAGCUGAAUUACCUGAUUCUAACCCUGAAACACCCUCCUUGAAGAAUAAAGCUGAAUCUGGGAAAGAUGAACAAUCUGCUGAUAAUGUUCAGGGUCAUCCUCCACCACCUGUUCAAGACCCAAGCCCUGUUGAGGACAAUCCUCCAGAAGAGACCAUCAAAGAUAAUACCGAGCCCAAACUAGCAGAUGAGGAGGAGGAAGAACAAAUGGCUCCCAAGGAAGAAGACGCCAUGACGCCCAAUGAACGUAAUAACGCGCAGGGCUUUAGUCACGAUGAAGAGGAUGAAAAUAAUUAUGAGGAACUCGGAGCAGGUGAAGUUUCCAAGUCUAUCAAAAAGAAACUUGUAACAUCAGACGAACCCGCCAGUUAUAAUAACUUGGAAGAAAUGGAUGGAGAGUCGUACUUUUUCUCGUACUUCAUGGCAGUAUGUGUGCUGUUUGUCUUAGGAUAUGUCGUUUAUCAUAAUCGCCAAAAGUGAUGCAGAUGGAGGAUCAGCUGUGAAAACCUUCCAGCAGAGCUCAGUACUUCACAUUCAUAUGCAGUGAAAUAAUAGCCCAGUAAAAUUCGUAAACAUAAUUUACUUUUGAAAGGUGCUGGCUUUGAUUGUGGAAGGAAAACGGGGCAAGAGGCAGUAUCGUGGUCGCAGGCCCAAUUCUGCAAACUACCAUAAACUGGACACCAACCUAGAAGAGGCCAUUUCAUCGAGUUGUAACAAAAACUCUAGCCACGUGAUUUAUUGAACGAAAAUCGAAGCAUUCAUUGUAACAUUAUCUGUGUCAUUGUUCAUAUCAUCGCCGCAUUUAGCGUGAAAUUCUACGUGUAUAAAUGUAAAUACUCGCAGUAAUAGUAGUAUAGAUAAGGUAUGGUUGUGGAUGAUUCAAUAUGAAAUAUACAUAGAUUAGACCUUUUCGUAUUUUAAUAACCAGAAAUGCAUCUAUAUCGAAUGUCAACGAAUCUUAAAAAUAUUUUUAAGGCCGAGUACAAUUCUUUCGUUGACAUCCGGUAUAUGUGCAUGUAUUUGCGAUCGCCAUAUUUGCCGAAGGCCACGCAGUGUGCUUGCUAUUCUUCUUAAGCGAAUACACUCCAUUUUUACAGGUUACGAAUGAACACCGGAGAGUUUUUGCAUAUCACAAAUACCUCAUACAUAAACGUUGACGAUAAUUUAAUAAUCUGACUAAUUUAUAACCAUGUCAACUGGACUAUCGCGUUCUGCGCUGCUGCUGACUGAUCGCUCGCAGUCACACAGUCCACUACCCGAAUGUCCUGUUCCUGAUUCACUAGGUAGAGUUCGAAGCUGGUAGAAACGCGAACGCGGUCCAAACGCGUAAUCCUGGUUGCCUAAGCAUCGAUUUUGCGAGGGCGCCCCAUCGGUACCACAUAGUUCUAGUUUACGAGGACGCUAAGUGAUGAUCCAUUGACUUAUGACUGUCAAAGUUAACGUUUACGUUUGUGUUAUUUACGAAUGUUAAAACCCUAUUAUCCAAGCAAUUUUACUACAAACCCGUCGUAAUGUGAUGGUGUACUAUUACGCACAUAUUCUGUUUUAUUGGCUUAUUUGUUUAGAAUCACAUGUUCUACUAGAAGAUGCCCAAGUCACUCGGAAACUGUGCCUGAGAGGGGCAUAUGAACCACCGACCACCAUUAACGUAUUCUACUUAAAGAUAGGCAACCUAAUGCUGUAUUCCGCAUUCAAAAGAUUAUCGGAGAUAGAAUGAGGUACAGUAGUGUUUACAGAUGGCGCUGCCUAUAAAUAGAUCAGUAGUUUAUUUGACCAUUUUACAGAAUGUUUCUGACAAUUAAAAAGUCUUGAAUAGAAACCAUUGUGGUAUUUACCGAAAUAAAAUAAAAAACAAUUAUUUCAUGUAUGGCACUCUAAACAAAUUAAAAUAUCUAAAUUUAUUUAAUUUAGAUUACAUUAAAUUAAAUCAUUGUGAUUAUAACCCAUAGAUAACAUCAGUGGGCUUUAAGGGGUGAUGUCUGUUUCAAAAACUUCCUCCACAGAAUAGGAAACAAGCUGUUUGAAAUAUAAAUAAAUAUUUUCUCCAAUCAAAGUUCAAACAUAGUUGGGAAGUUUAUUAUAGAUAUUGAGAUGUAAGCUGUUUUUUUUUUUGUGACAUUGUUAGACGAAGUCUAGACGGUCUCAAUUAAGGCUCGUCGGCUACAGCGCCAUCUAUGAGACACAAACAUUUCCAGAACAUCUAAUGUAAAUAGAGAAACAGCUGUGACAAAGUCUUAUCAAUGACGCUAUGGUAUCUCAUUUUGUCAGAUAAUUUUUUGGCCGCGGGGAAAUCGCUCUGGGUUCCAGGACUACAUAUGCGUUGACUGUCAACUACUUGUCGUGUGGUAUCAGCGUUGCUAUCUCUCGGACUAUUGCCGCAGAUUUUGGGAGUGCUUUUUCGUCAUUGCGAAAUUCUGACAAUACGAAAUCUUAGGAAUAAUUACGAGGGGUAAUCUUGAUUUCGUAUUUAAGAAUAAACAAUUUUCUUUAAAAGGACAUGGCAGUAUAUUGUUAUUACUUCAAAGGGAAUUACUGCGGUCCUAGUUGGCAACAUAUGGUUAUUAUGACUAUGGGAAUUGGAUGUUAACAACAUAGAUUUGGGCAUCUUUUUGAAGAAUAUGUUGAUCAAAGGUAUGACAAGGUAUCCAAGAACAUCUUAUUCACAAACCUGCAACAUUGGAAUAUGAAGAUUCUGUGAAGAGACUGUUCUGUAAUAUCAUAAUCAGAUACGGAUAAAAGAGCAGAUGUUUUGUCAAUAUCUACAUGUUAUUUUAGACCUGUAAUACAAUAAUUUUCCAUUAAA